AGUGAAUUUUAUAUUAUAUACAUAUUAACACCUAUUUUUCAUUUGUUAGUUCAUAGAAGGAAAUCAACCAAAAUUCAAGACGCUCACUAUCAUGGAAGGAAAGAGCCCAAAUAACGACAAAUACGACGUGGCAAUAGUUGGAGGCGGCAUAUCUGGACUGUAUUGCGCCCUGAAAUUACUGGAAAAGCCCGACAAUCUUGAAGAGCUAGCUAUCAAGAAAAUCAUCAUCUUGGAGAAGUCUGUCAGGUGGGGCGGUCGACUGUGUACAGACAUCAUCAAAAUAAAGAAAACUGAAGACAGAAGAGAAUUUGUGAAAGAAGAAGAAGGUGCCAUGCGCUUCACUUAUCCGGACAAGAGCGAUCCAAAGAGUAAGUCAAACAUGCCCCUUCUAGCAGAACUGAUUAAAUUCCUCCAGAUGGAAGACGACGUACUCCCCUUCUACAUGGAACCCCGAAAAAUUAAAAAGGAACCCCAAAAUCAGCCAGGAGACGCAGAUUCUGUGCCUAAUUGUAACUCUCGCUAUUUCAACGGGAGGCACUUUACUGACUGGUACACCACACAAAACCCCAAUCUGUGGAAGAACCUGUUCAAUCUGGAGGGGGAUGAGGAGUUCAAGUCUGCGGGUGAAAUUGUUAAAGAUAUUUACAGAAAACUCCUGGAUCACAACAAAUCUAAGCUUUUGUUCAAUUUCUCAAAGACAGCAGAAGUUAUUUUAGAACAAAAGGACACCAACCUUCUGCAAGAAUAUGAAGACCAAAAGUACUGGGCCUUUUUUAGGAACGAGUUCACAUGGCCUGUGGGAAUGCAAGAGAUUCCUCUGAACAAAUUCUCGAUGCAAGCUCUACUGACAACAAUGUAAUAUUCUCAUGGAUGUAUCAUGAUGAUGGUCCAAACGCAAGGUUUCUUAUGUGUUAGUCUUUCUGAAGGGAAUGUGGGGUCCAUCCUGCAAGAUCUUAUAACCUUCAACCUCAUCUGGAACAAACUCUACCAAUUCAAGAAAGGGUGGUCAUCCCUGGUCAACAAUAUUAUAAAGAAACACUUAAAGAAAACCAACAGAAGCGAUGGAGUGGAAGUAGAAAUGUGGAACAGCUGCGGUGUUUCAACGAUUUGUGAAGAAAAAAAAGGCUUUAAGUUGAGUCUUGAAAGUGUCGGCGAAAUAUCGGCAAAGCAUGUGGUUAUGGCUGUGCCACCGAAAUCAGUUGAAGACAUAACUUUCUCUUUCGAAAGCGAAAAUAAAAGUCUAGAUACCAUAUGCCGGCCAGUCGAGGGAAUUCACUGCACAAAGAUAAACCUCUACUUCGACAACGAUUGGUGGAACCAAACGGAAGGCACUCUCAUGUAUGGACCUAACAUCACAAGUUUACCCUGCGGGUUCGUAUACCCUUUCUACGGAGAUUGCAAGUCAAUAGGAUGCAAAGGCUGUGAUAAGUGUGAUGAUGACCCCUGUCCAGCUGCCCUAACAAUCUACUGUGACGUCAACAACGCUCAAUACUGGAGCUCACUCCAGAAACUUGGCAAUAACUUCCAGUCCCCACUUCAGAUGGAAAAAAAGAAGCUCCGCCCUGCGUCAGAAUCAGUAGUCGACGAAGCCAUCAAGCAGUUUUCUAAAGUUUUCAACAUCAAGGACAUCCCUCAUCCGAUACUGACAAGCUACAGAAGCUGGGACGGUGGAGACAGAAGAUGGAAUGGUGAAGAAAGAAGCUGGGACGACGGAGACAAUCAUGCUACAUCACCUACAUGUGAGUAUGGAUAUGCUAUUCAUAUGUGGGGUGUAGGGGUUGAUGAUAGAAAGAUAAUGAAAAAGGCGACACAGCCGAUGAAAGGAAAGAAUAUCUACUUCUGCAAUGAAUCUUGGAGCGGGUUUCAGGGGUGGGUUGAAGGUUCUCUACUGUCCACCGAAAAAGUUGUGGAUGCGCUGUGGAAAUCAGGUAAAGAAAGUGACUGAAACAUUCGUAGUUUAUAAUUGUUUUCUUGUCAUCUUUAGGUUGAUUCAGUUGACAUAGCUUUUCUAACUAUUGUUUUUGACUACUAUACACUUAUACAAUAUACAUACCACUGUAAUGUAACUCUUCCAUAGUAAGAGUUUAUCAGUCUUGCAACUGAGACAAAUAUCUAAUAUUACAACUUUAAUUUGCAUAAUUCUUUUAAUUUGAAAAUUCAUUUACUUUUUAUAGAUGAGAAUCAAGCGUUAAUAAUAAUCUAUACUAUAAUUAUUGUGUGACUUUUAUAUUAUGUAUUCAGAUAAAAUGCGCAUUAUUUUCUGCAGCAAGUUUAUUAGAUUUCCUUUAAAAUAAAAUCAUGACCAGAAAAUAAAAUCUACAUAGGG